ACUUGCCUUUGUGUUUAUUUUAAUAAGUAUGUAUUUCAAUGUUAUUCAUUUUACUGUCGAAUUAAAUUAAUUCAACAAAUAAAAUGUCGCAUCAAUCUGUAGAAGAAGGAAAACUGAUGGCAGUUAUAGGCGAUGAGGAUACUUGUGUCGGAUUUUUGCUUGGCGGCAUUGGGGAAAUUAAUGAGCAGCGCCAGUCCAACUUUAUGGUUGUAGAGAAAGAUACAACUAAAGCCGAAAUUGACCAGUGCUUUAAGCGUUUUGUAGCACGCGAAGAUAUUGCAAUCAUAAUGAUCAAUCAGAUAUACGCAGACAUGAUACGCACAACUCUCGAUAAGCAUUUGUUGCCUGUGCCCACAGUGCUGGAAAUACCUUCAAAGCAGCAUGCUUACGACUCCAGCAAGGAUUCCAUUCUAAAGCGUGCACAAUUGAAGGAUAAAAAGAGGAUGUUGCAGAACUUUUGACAUACGACGACAAGGCUGAAGAGAAUGGUAAAUGGUGGAUGGAAAGAAGGAAAACUAAAUAAAUAAGUGAAUGACAAAAGUCGAGCCAGUAGCUUUGGGUACAGCAGCACAACUUUUGCACGAACGAGAGUCUAGAAAAUAAAUAAAUAAAAUUAUUCAAAAAGUAGUUUUGGAUUCUCAUGACAGCGCUUAAAAAACAAACAGCUGAAUGCAAUUUCAAAAUGAGAGAAUGAAAUGUGAUAAUAAAAGAAACGCUGGCGAUAACAAGACACUGUGAAACAGACUACAAAGACGUUCAAAAUGUUCAUUGCCUCUUAGACCAAUGUAAAUGAGAUGCACAGCCUUUAAAGGAUCUGAAAACAGCUUGGCAGAGUAGUAUCAAGUGCUAAUUGAAACUGACAACUGGAAGCGGAGCACAAAAGACAAUGCCAACCGCAUUUUUGGUAUUCCGAUUUAAAUUACAAUUUUAAUG